AUGAGGCAGCUGCGUGCUGAUAUUGCUGAACUUCUCCAAAAUGGCCAGCAUAAGGCUGCUUUAUCCAGGCUUCACAAGGACGAGCUUAAGUUAUCAGCUUAUGAUCAAGUUGACAAGUUUUGUGAUUGUGUUGUCAAAAACCUCAAGGAUAUUAGACCUGACGGAAAGCUGCCUGUUGAUGUUUGUGAAGCAAUAUCAAGCUUGAUAUUUGCUGCUUCAAGAUGUGGUGAACUGCCAGAGCUGCAUUCAUUAAGAUAUCUUUUCAAAGGACUUCUUGGUCCGAAAUUUGAGAGAGCCAAUGUCGAGCUUCUGCCAGGAAACACCGUGAACUCUUUAAUAAAGCACAGUCUCGUUGUUAAGUCAGUAGCAGAAGAUGUGAAGAUCCAAUUAAUAAAUGACAUAGCAAGAGAGUACAAGCAGGAUACUGGACCUCUCUCAAAUGAUGGUAAUAAUGGCAUUAAAGAUCAAACUCGACCCAAAAAGUUCGAGGAAAUGCUGCCUGACAUUGGACCGAAAUUUGCCUUGCAAGAUUGCAAGGAUAUGGUAACCUUUUGGAGUAAUUUUCCUGAUAGUUCAGAUGGUACUGCAGGUUAUGUAGCCUCUAAAGCAGCUAAUACAGUUACAUUCAAAGAGAAGAGUGAUGACGAUUCCUUGGAAAGUAUUAGAUCAGACGGAAAACCGAUUGAAAUAGAGGCAGCCCCACUCUGUUUCCAUGACAGGGAAAAGCUACAUAUGCAAGGGGAAGAUAUUAUGACUGGGAGUGAAUACACUACUUUGGACUCCUCCAACAGCUUUAAGAGAUCUUCCAACACGAAUGCCGCUGAUAAAAAGUGUGAUCACUUGAUCAAGCCAGAUUCAGUAGAUGCAAGAUAUGAUACCGCAAUUGCCACGAACACUUCUCAACAUGAAGAAGUCAUCGGGGGUCAAUGUUUACACAAUGACAAAGAUAUCAAGGCUGAAUGUCACGUCAAGGAAACAAAAGAAAUUCCCAGAUCUCCUAUUGCCCAUGUACAUCCAAAGCUUCCUGACUAUGAUGAUUUGGUAGUCCAGUUUGGGAAUCUAAAGAAAGAGUACAUGCGGAAAAUUUCAAAUAAAUAA